AGUUGGAUGGACAGAGCAUGCGUACCGUAUCUGAAGUUGAUAAAUUGAAAUUGAACAUGCGUACUUGACCUUUCUGAAUUUUUUUUUUUUUUUUAAAAAGCAAAAUUCUUCAGGGAAAGGAACAUGCGCAUUCCUUCUCAGUGGCUUUUUUGAGUGUUGAAAGUGAGCAUGCGCAUAGUAAGAAGGUUGGUCCUCUGAAGUUUGAACCCAACGGAAACCGCGGGGCAGAGGUCUACAGGUUGCUGACUUUUUUUUUUGGUACCAGGAAUCGAACUCGGGUCCUUGCGUGUGUGCAGCAGGUGGGGAAACCACGGAGCUAAAUCCCUGGCCAGUUGCUCACCUUUUGAAGGAACAGCCCUACUGUGUGGCUUAGUAUGUCAAUAGUAACAGUGCAGCUUGGUCAGUGUGGCAACCAGAUUGGCUUUGAAGUGUUCAACGCUUUGUUUACUGACUCACAGAGUUCCCAGGGAUUGUGCUCUAAGAGAGAGAAUGAAGCAUAUCAAGCGUCUUGCAAAGAAAGAUUCUUCAGGGAGGAAAAAGGAGUUCCAAUUGCCCGGGCCGUGCUUGUUGACAUGGAACCUAAAGUUAUCAAUCACGUGCUGUCAAAGGCUGCCCAGUCUGGCCAGUGGAAGUACAGUCAGCAUGCAUGCUUCUGUCAGAAGCAGGGUUCUGGAAACAACUGGGCAUAUGGUUACUCUGUUCAUGGACCCAAGCAUGAAGACUCCAUUAUGAACCUAAUCCAGAAGGAAGUGGAGAAAUGUGACUCUUUGAAUGGUUUUUUCAUCAUAAUGAGUAUAGCCGGGGGCACAGGAUCAGGGCUGGGAGCCUUCCUUACACAGCAUCUACACGAUCACUAUUCAAACGCUUUGAAAAUGAAUCAGAUUAUAUGGCCCUAUGGAACUGGUGAGGUUAUUGUUCAGAACUACAACUCCAUUUUGACACUCUCUCACUUGUACCGAUCUUCAGAUGCUCUCCUUAUUCAUGAGAAUGAUACAAUCCAUAAAAUCUGUGCAAAACUGAUGAAUAUUAAGCAAAUCUCCUUUGGUGAUAUAAAUCAAGUCCUGGCACAUCAGCUGGGAAGUGUGUUCCAGCCUACUUAUUCUGUGGAAGGCUCAUUUCACUACAGAAGAAAUCCACUAGGUAUUGAUUGGCAAGUGCGGCCUCCUUUACCAGGACUUCCACCUCUUGGCAAAAUGUCUCAAAACAGGGAGCAGCAUUUUAACACUUCCCUUGCUAACUUGGUCAUCCUUCGUGGGAAAGAUGUGCAGAAUGCAAAUCUGGAGGGUUUUAAGGACCCAGCCCUCUAUACUUCCUGGUUAGGGCCUGACGAGGCCUUCACGGUGUGGAAAACCCAGCGAGCCUUUAGCAGAUACGAGAAGUCCGCAGCGUUGGUCAGCAACAGCCAGUUCUUCGUGAAGCCGCUUGAUACAAUUGUGGGCAAAGCAUGGAAUAUGUUCGCUUCAAAGGAGGCAUGGAAUUAUGCCCGAGUCCAUGGGACACCAGGGCCAGCGCCGCCCCAGACCCCGGGAGGGGACAGCCGAGUCAGACCACUCCUCACCACAGGCCUGGCAGCGUGGGGCACUGUGGUCAGAGGUCGUGUUUCUGAGGUCUGCGCCGAGCUCAGUAAGCAGUAACUCACUCCCUUAACCGUAAACAGCGCAGCCGCAGAGCGCCGGAUGGGAGCAGCCGGGCACACACUCGCUCUUGGAGGUGAAGCAGCCAGGCCCUGCCCUUGGCUUGGCAGAUGCCACCUUGGGCACGCUCCUGAGAUCUGGGCUCUAGGCGAGCACCGCGAGAAUCCUAGACUCCAGGAGAAACACAGGAAACCACAGUGUCAGACUUUUCUCCUUAUAAAGACAAUCUAUCCAGGAAUCACCAAGCUGCCAGUCUCCCAGGGCGGAGCCACUGGCUAAGCCGGCAGGAUGCAACCGGGGAGAGGAAUUUUAAGUUUCCUGUGACGCCAAGGCCCAGUCUCAGUGCCAUCCCCUCAACCUCAAUGCUAUAUAACAAGCUACAAACCAGGCGCAGUGGCACGCUUGUAACCCAAUCAGGAGGCUGAGGCAGGAGGAUUGCCAUGAGUUUGAGGCCAGCCUGGGCUACACAGUGAGUCCAAGACCAGCCUGAGCUAAAUAAUGAGAACCUGUCUCAAAAAUACCAGGAAAAAAGUUACAUACAAAGAACGUACUAUCUAGAAGAUUCUCUGGCAAGGUCCAGCUUAUCCACAACUGGAGUUAGGCACAGUCUGUGGACAGCAUGUGUGCUAGGUGUCGAGGUGUUAGGAAGCCCGAGCUACAGCUGUCACAGGCUCUGCCUCUCAGUGAGUGUGUCAAAACGGUAAGAAUACGGCCUCCUCCUCACACUUGCUCCUUUCACAUUCCUGGCCCAGUGCUGGCUUUGCUCUCUUUACAGCUUUUUGCUUAUUUGUUCUUAACUUGAUUUCUUUGACCUUUUGUUUUUCUUCCACCUCCCUUACUCUGGCCUUGCCCGGUACCUUGGCUUCUACUUGGGCAUCUCCUGCCUGCCUUGGCUUCCUGUUUCCCCUUCAGCUGGACCCUGCAAUGUCCAUUCAGCAAAUGCUGUGCAUCCAGGCUGUGAGACUCGCAAGUGCCAGCCACACGCUUGAGUCUGAGCACACAAAGGAGCCUUGUGGGGUGACAUUUGAGGUAGUGAAGCAAACAGACCAAACACAAGAAAACCAACAGGGCUGGGGAUUUAGCUCAGUGGCACCGCACCUGCAUCGCAAGCACAAGGUCUUGAGUUGGAUCCCGGUACCAAAAACGCCCCCCCAAAACCCCAACAAACUACUGGUGAAUUAGGUAGGUACUUUGAAGGAAACAAGAGAGAGCUAAGGCAAAGUGUAACUGAGGUGAGCCAGGCAUAGAGGUGUUCUUUUGUAAUCCCAGCAAUGGGGAGGCUGAGGCAGGAGGUUCGCCAAGAGUUCAAGGCCAGCCUGAACUACAAAAAACAAAACAAACACCAAAAAAGGAAGGGAAAAAGAUAGGUGGGCAUUAGUCUUUCUUGCCUUUUCUCUCGGCCCUACAUGUAGCAUCCCUAUCUUACUUCCCUGGGGUUCUCUAGUUAGAAUGUUGCCUCUUUCCAUAAUGCUGAUCCCCAGGAAAUGUUUUCUGAUCCCCUCUACUCUGGAUUUUGUUCCUCUGCAAUUCCUUUCUUUUUUUUUUUGGUACCGGGGAUCGAACUCAGGUCCUUGUGCUUGCGCAGCAGGUGGCAAAACCACUGAGCUAAAUCCCUGGCCCUGCAAUUCCUUUCUUACGCAUUCCUCCCACUGUACAUGGACGUUAUCUUUGAGGAUGCCCCAAGACUUCGACCCCUGGGGGACAGAGAUCAUGCCUGAAAUGCUUGAGUUUCUCACACCAGUCAAGACUUAAACAGUGAAUAGAUUUGGGGGGGGGGGUACCGGGGAUCGAACUCGGGUCCUUGCACUUACACAGCAGGCGGCAAAACCACUGAGCUAAAUCCCCGGCCCUAAUAGAUUUUUUUUUAAAUGUGGCUAAUGUCAUGAAUGGCCUUAAUGAUUUCAAAGAGUUGAUAUGAAGAUAAAACAAACAGAAGGGGCCAGGGAUGUAGCUCAGUGGCACCGUGCAUGAGGUCCUGAGUUCAAUCCCUGGUACCAAAAAGAAAAUAAAGUAAAAAUUAAAAAGAAAAAAACCCAGAAACCUCCGGACGUGAAAGUUAUGUGAGAGUGAAAAAGACCUACAAAGAGCAAGUGCUUUGUAAUCACAGGUGUAAGUGGAGCCCACACAGCUGUCCCAGCCCUUUGACACGAGGCACAAAAAGACUGCCCAAGGUUUCAGGCUGUGGUCUUGAUUUUCUGUUGCUUUCCUUUCUCCAUCAACUACUUUGUGAUCACAAACAUGCUGAAGCCUGGACUUUGGCACUGAUUUCCACAGAACAGGGUGACUAACAGCCAUAACGCCAGGGCCUCGGCUGGUCCACUUCCUGGUCCAUUGCCUCCCCACCCCAGAUUGGUGAACCUCUUGGCCUUGACGUGCUCCUGGGGUUUUUGUUAGGAUUAAAAGAUUAAGUACAAUGCAUCACUGAAAAUGGUGCCUGGUACAAAGCAAGCAAUCAUUAUCAAAGUUAGAGUAAUCCACUGUGCUUCCGGGUACAGAGCCUACUAGACGUUUUUGAGAGUUGAUCUUUUUCUUUUUUGCACUGCUGGGGAUUGAACCCAGGGCCUUCAUGCACGCUAGGCAAGUGCUCUACCACUGAGCUACAUCCCCAGCUCGUUAACUUAAACAUAUGGCCCUCUUCCCUCUCCCUCCUGAGCAGCUGGGAUCACAAGCCUGGGUCCCCACACCCUGUGGCGGGGAGCCAGUCUUGAUGGUCAGCAUUGAGGGUGCUUGUGUCCAAAGAGGGGCUACAGGACUGGGAAGGGCUGGCACAGUGGACAGCACAGAGCAGCUUGAGGGGCCCAGAAGAGAGGUGGGCGAGGUCCUGACUUAACUGUGGAACCCUGAAAUCAAGGCAGGCCUGAGGUGCACCUCAGUGCAGAGUGGAGGGCUUAACAUGGCCUAACAUGGAGGCCCUGGGUUUGCUCCCCAGCACUGAAGGGAAAAUAAAAGUUGAGAAAAACAUGAUUUUUCUGGUGAGCCAGACUUCAGCACUCUUGCCAAGAGGAGUGAACCUGAGCAGCUUUUUGUUUCCAUCACGAGGUGAGGAGCCAAAGGCAGGAGGCCAUGGACAGCCUGUAACUCCCCACCUCAGGGGAGGGCAGAACCACCCUGGUCUCGAGUCCCUAACUGCCUCACACCCCCAGAACAGCUCCUGCCAUCGGAUUAAGCAACACUAUCAGAGCCGGUCAAAAGCAGCCUGAAGGAAAAAGCUGUUCAUGUUCUGUCCCCCACCAGGGGACAGACGGCAACAAAGGGAAGUGCCCCAUGUGGGACUGGGGUGGCCUAGAACAGUGGCUCAGAAAGGUCGCCCUGACUGAAGGAGGCUCUUCCUCCCGAGGCUUGGGUAAAGGGCUCAGAGGGCGGCAGGAACUGAGAAGGCUCUGACUGUGGCUUGCGUACUAGGUCGAGCAAGGUAACGUCAAACACGCCUAGGGGAAGCGGGGCCUCCCCCUUCAGAAUUCUGGAAUGUGAUUUCCAAUGCAAAUCAAAGCUAGAUUGAGGGACCCCUGCCGGAGUGCAUUCAUUCAUUAAGUCAUUUCCAAGUCCCUUGAGUCAUCUGGGAAAUGGUUAACAAACAGGUUGGACACCUGGGCUCAUUACCCAGGAAGGGGAUUUCCACACAAACCCUGCCUGAUAAAACCCUCUUCCCUUCCUGAAGCCAGCCAGGUCCCCUCCAGGCUGCAGCAUGCCUUUUGAAAGCAACCCCAGUUCUCGAACCUGACUCGAGCUUUCUGUCAGCCCAGUAACUGUUGCUGACACGAAGAAACAAGGAGCCAAGCAACUCUGUGUUUUGUAAAAAAGUUUACUUUAAAUUAAGAGGAACAGAUGUCCAAUGUUUCAAAAAGCCACACAUUUGUGGAUUUGGCUGACAAACUCUCUAAGCUGCAUUUCAUUUCUGUUCCCAUCCAGUCAGCCAGCCACUUGCAAAUGACUCACUCUGGGCCGCCGAGGGCCAGUCUCCUGACUGCAGAAUUAGAAUCCCAGAUCACAAAGGAGGCCAGGAGGUUUGGGUGGAGAGCAGGGGCCAUCUACAAGGAUUCUCUCCCUUUCCAUUUAGUAGUAGCAACACCCACACAACUGCACCAGG